UGUACCUGGGGCUUCGAUGUGGGACGGAAAUUGGUAGUGGAGGGCGGUGGCCUAGAUCGCCUUAAAACCGUUCCCGCGGCAGUGUUUGGGAGUCCAUCUGGUUCCAGUAGAUGUUAUCAACACCUUCGUUCCCUGCCAGUGAAGAGCGUUAUCUAGGAUGUGAACGCCGCUGUGCUGUCCUCUUGUUUCUCUGGGAGACUUCAGUACGGAGAUGCCUCUUCAGUUAAAAGGCGUUUGGUACCCCUCUCGGGCUUCUGGACCUGCAGUAGAGAGAGGUACAUAAAUAAAGGAUAAAGUAUUUUAUGAAACAAAUCUUCAAUCAAGUAUAACAUUUUGAUGCUUGGCAUCUAGACUCUCUUGUGCCCUCACUAUGCCAGCAGCAACUGUAGAUCAUAGCCAAAGAAUUUGUGAAGUUUGGGCUUGCAACCUGGAUGAAGAGAUGAAGAAAAUUCGUCAAGUUAUCCGAAAAUACAAUUACGUUGCUAUGGACACUGAGUUUCCAGGUGUGGUUGCAAGACCUAUUGGCGAAUUCAGGAGCAAUGCUGACUAUCAGUACCAACUAUUGCGGUGUAAUGUAGACUUGUUAAAGAUAAUUCAGCUAGGACUGACCUUUAUGAAUGAACAAGGAGAAUACCCUCCAGGAACUUCAACUUGGCAGUUUAAUUUUAAAUUUAAUUUGACGGAGGACAUGUAUGCCCAGGACUCCAUAGAGCUGCUAACAACAUCUGGUAUCCAAUUUAAAAAACAUGAGGAGGAAGGAAUUGAGACCCAGUACUUUGCAGAACUUCUUAUGACUUCUGGAGUGGUCCUCUGUGAAGGGGUCAAAUGGUUAUCAUUUCAUAGUGGUUAUGACUUUGGCUAUUUAAUCAAAAUCCUGACAAACUCCAAUUUGCCCGAAGAAGAACUUGACUUCUUUGAGAUCCUUCGCUUGUUUUUUCCUGUCAUUUAUGAUGUGAAGUACCUCAUGAAGAGCUGCAAAAAUCUUAAAGGUGGAUUGCAGGAAGUUGCUGAACAGUUAGAGCUGGAACGGAUAGGACCACAACAUCAGGCAGGAUCUGAUUCAUUACUCACAGGAAUGGCCUUUUUCAAAAUGAGAGAAAUGUUCUUUGAAGAUCAUAUUGAUGAUGCCAAAUAUUGUGGUCAUUUGUAUGGCCUUGGUUCUGGUUCAUCCUAUGUACAGAAUGGCACAGGGAAUGCAUAUGAAGAGGAAGCCAACAAGCAGUCAUGACAUGAAAUAGUCCUUUUAUUUUAUUUGAGCUACACACAUGCUUGUAUAUAGGUUUUAUCUCUGGUUGAAUCCCUUGAACAAUAGACAAUACUUUCCCCCCUUUCAUAGCCCAUUUUAUUUCCUGCCUUUCAGUACUAAGUAUGACCAUUCCUAUCUCAGAUAUCAAUAAAUAGAAAUGCAUUCAGGUAAAAUUUGGCCUUAAUUUAAUACACUUGUUAGCAAGCGUGUGUGACAGAAGAGUGGGGAAAGCUACAUCAUACUGAAUAUUUUGAUAAACUUACUGACUUGAGGUUUGUUUUUCCCCUUUCCUAAAUUAACUAGCACUGACUGUAAUUUAUUUCCCUGUUUCAUGUCUCUCCCUUCCAUUCUACAGGAGUUUUAGCUAUUUGAGAUUGUGGACCAUCAAUUUUGCACUUUAGAGAGUGAUUCUGACUCAGAUCCUCUGUUCCAUCAGAUAUUUUGGUUUUUCUUGCUCUUAGGUGGAAAAAUGACCAUCUGCCAACUUUAUACAGUAUUUUCUUGUUUUUGAACCCAUAUUACAGCACUUUCAUGGUGCAAAUUGUUGAUUAAGCAAGACUAACAAGAAAAAGAGACAAGGAAAUACUGAGGAGCUUAGUAACUGUUGUUUCUAUAUGUAGUGUUUAAUCUUCCAAGCACAUCUGCUGUCUGUCAGUUUCUAAUUGGCUUGUGUAGGCUGCUCUGUGAUUGAAGAAUUUGCAAACCAGCUUUACACCCUUCAGGAAAAAAUCCCUUGUGAUUGGACAUUUAGUAUCUGCCAGGAAACUGGUAUUCAUGUUGUUGAGGGUACAGUUUUAUGAUAGCACACGUCCCCUGAUCUGCUUAUUAUUCCGUCACUAUUUACCCUUUUAUUUUGUAACCAUACUUACAAUGUCCAUGAUUUGUUAAUUACACAAAUCAAUUUCAUUUAAAGUCCAAAGAUAACAAGUCUUUAGGUAUAUUUUUAUCAAAUUAAAAGACAAAAAAUUGUGCUUUCAUAGUUACUACAAAGUUAAAUAAUGGAGAGAUUUGGUGCAAAAUAAAACACAAAAAUAUAUAUAUAUACAUAUAUGUAUAGCUAAUAAAACUACCUGAGGAGUGUAAUGCUUGUUUAUUUUUUUGUGUAUAUCUUUGCAAUCUAUUUUAUAUAUUUUGACAAAAGAGACUGUGAAAUAUUAGCCAUGCAGAAUAUGUGACCAGACCAGAGCAUGUGCAGGAAGACUUUUUGGUAAUCAUUAACUCUACCUUGAAAUGAUGGACUCCAAGUUAUAAUGUGUUAUCUGCACUUCAAUCAGUAAUAUUAGCAAAUCUCCAAAUGUUAGCCACAUUGGUUUGUUUCCCCUGUACAUUCUUUAUUCCUGACAAUAUAAUACUGUAACUGGGUGGUCCUUUUUAAACAAAACAUGAUUUGCAAAACAGAGGGUAUUAUUUGUUUUUAAAGCUUUUGUAAAUAAAGGCUU